AUGUCCAUGCAUGUUGUGCUGGAGAAUUCAAAUCAAACCUUUCCAGGACACUUUAUCCUUCUGGGACUCUCUAACAUUUUGUACCUUCAGGUUGUGUUUUUCUUGCUGCUUCUGAUGUUAUACAUGGUGACAUUAUCAGGAAAUAUUCUACUGGUUUGCAUGGUGAGGUUUAAUCCUCGCCUUCAGACCCCGAUGUACUUUUUCCUGGCCAACCUUGCCAUCAUUGACAUUUGCUUUUCCUCAACUGUGGUGCCCAAAAUUUUGGUUAACACCAUAUCACCAGACAGAAGCAUUUCCUUCUUGGGAUGUGCAACCCAACUGUACUUCCAUCUGGCCCUGGGUGGUACGGAAUGUUUAAUAUUGGCGGCUAUGGCUUUUGACAGGUACAAUGCCAUCUGUAAACCGUUACAAUACAACAUGAUCAUGAACCACAAACUGUGUCUUCGUCUGGCUGCUGUAUCUUGGACUUUGAACUUUCUUUUAGCUGUAAUUCUUACAAUGGUCACUUUUGACUUGCCCUACUGUAAAGCCAACCAGAUCAAUCAUUUUUUCUGCGAGAUGCCCCCCAUGCUUCAUCUGUCCUGUGCCGAUAUUUGGUUCAGCGUGGUUGUAGAGUGCACUCUAGUUGUAUUAGUUGUUGCAGGCUCUUUUCUACUCAUACUUAUAUCUUAUUUCUUCAUCACCCUGACUAUCUUAAAUAUAACUUCCACCAAACAACGGCAAAAAGCUUUCUCUACUUGCGCCUCUCACCUUGCUGUGGUCCUCCUGUUCUACGGAACGGCACUCUUCAUGCACCUACGUCCUCCUUCUAGUUACUUCCCAGAGCAGGAUAAGAUUGUGUCUGUCUUCUAUACAGUGGUGACACCAGUGAUGAAUCCCAUCAUCUACAGUAUACGAAAUAAGGAAAUCAAAGCGGCCAUUAGGAAGUCAAUGGCUGUUAAAGAUAUCACUAAUCUUUUUUUCCUUAGUACUAACAGGUAA